AUGGGCCAAAAACAAUGGGCUACUUUUGCCAGAGCCUGGUAUCUCAUAGAUGGGAAGCUGCAGCCACCUGGAAAACUUGCAGCCGUGAGUGUAAUCAGACUUCAGGGGAAGCAUAAACCUAUGUAUCAUGCACUAAGCGACUGUGGAGACCAUGUUGUCAUCAUAAAUACAAGACAUAUUGCAUUUUCUGGUAACAAAUGGGAGCAGAAAGUAUAUUCUUCUCACACAGGUUACCCGGGUGGCUUCAAGCAAGUGACAGCAGCUCAGCUUCACAUAAAAGAUCCAACAGCGAUUGUUAAACUGGCUAUUUAUAGAAUGCUUCCAAAGAACCUGCACAGAAGAACUAUGAUGCAGAGGCUGCACCUCUUUCCAGAAGAUGUUAUCCCAGAAGACAUACGUAAUAAUCUUGUAGAGGAGCUUCCUCAGCCACGGAAAAUCCCCAAGAGGUUAGAUGAAUAUACACAAGAAGAAAUAGAUGCCUUUCCAAUACUCUGGACUCCACCUAAAGAUUAUCGGAAGAUAUAAAAAAGAAGUGAAAGAGGAACUGAUGGCUUUCCUGAUAAAGAAAAGUUCCAGAAUCACAUAAACUUGGAAGACCACAUGCAUCUUCAUUAUCCAUUUUAUGCAAAGGACAGAUGUUUUUCAGGUACAAGGAAAAUUUGUUUGGGGAAGAUCACUCACCUUAUGGAAACAGAGAUAAACACCAAAACAAUAUUUUGAUGUUACCUGUUCCAGAAUGUAUUGCAUGAAUCUGGCCUUUAAUGUUGAAUGUUAAUAAAAGGAUUUUUUAAUUUCUCUCUAUAGAACACCAGUUAUCUUUCUGCAUAUUCAUGUCUAAUGAAAACACAUAGUUUAAAUAUCCGUGAACAGUCUCAGACUAAAAGCUGCAGGACUUUGUGUCUCUUUUUCUCAAGGAAUAAUAGCGGAGAGUUGCUCUGGACAUUUUACUCCCAUGAACUCUAAAGUAAUUGUAAACAAUCUGUUUUACUGUCCUGCCAGAGCAGAUGUUUUAUUUGCACAUAUUUUAUGAUGUAAUAGAAUGCAAAGUCUAAUUUUUUUAAUCAAGAAUUUUUGAACCUUUAAA